AUGACAGCGAGUUGGGCGUCGGGCGGCGGCGGCUGCGGCGAGAAGAGCAGUGGCGACCGCAAGUUAGGUCGAACCCUGGGUCCUGCAAGCGGCGGAUUCAGUGGCACAGGAGGCAGCGGCGGCGGACCGAGUGGAACAGGGGACGGGGGUUUCAUGGGCGGCGGCGGGCCGGGAGAACCCAUGGCUAGGGUUUCUUCAGUGCUACACUUUGGUGGCAAAAAGGAAACUCCUGGUGGCCGUGUCUGCAUAGAUGCAGACAAUUUUGGCAGCGCACUCGAGGGAUGUGUGUUUGAGGAUGAUAUCACUUCUGAGUAUGUUGAAUGGGUUGAUGGGGAGUGGGAUAGCAAAGCAAAGUCAUUCAUUAAGUAUCUUGCCAUGAAGAACAAGAAACUGGAGACUAAGAUUACAGAAUAUGAAGCUGAAAUUAAAAGGAAUGAGAAAGAAAAGAGGGCAAUGGUUAAGAUGCACAAGGAAAUAUUGCUCUAUAGGGAUAGGAUUUUAGGAUUUGGAGGUCUUCUGUAUCUUGGCUUGCUUGCCAUUAUGAUUGUUGUCAUAGUUAGCAAGUAG